AUGGCCGGCCGUUACGAUCCCAACCCUUUUGAUGAAGGGGAAGAAGUCAAUCCCUUUGCUGAUGGAGGAGCUAGAGGAAAAGCAAUGGGUCAGUCUACGUUUAGUGGAGGUGGAGGUUCAUUUUAUACCACUACUGGGAGUGUUCCCUCUGCCACAAACUCCAGGCUUUCACCUCUUCCUCCAGAACCUGCUGAUUUCUACAAUCCUACUGCCCCAUUUGAUAUUCCUCUUGACAGUGCUGCUGAUUUGAAAACAAAAGAGAGAGAGCUGCAAGCUAAGGAAGCUGAAUUGAAAAGGAGGGAACAGGAAGUAAAGCGGAGAGAAGAGGCUGCUAGACGAGCUGGUAUUGUUCUUGAGGAGAAAAACUGGCCACCCUUUUUUCCUAUUAUACAUCAUGAUAUUGCAAAUGAAAUACCGAUUCAUCUACAGAAACUGCAGUAUGUUGCUUUUACAACUUUGUUAGGACUUGCAUUGUCUCUUUUCUGGAAUGUCAUAGCUGUCACUACUGCAUGGAUUAAAGAUGGAGAUCCAAAGAUUUGGUUUCUUUCUAUUAUCUACUUCAUAUCAGGGGUUCCAGGAGCAUAUGUAUUGUGGUAUCGUCCACUCUAUCGUGCUUUUAGGACUGAAAGUGCUAUGAAGUUUGGGUGGUUUUUCCUGUUUUACUUGCUCCACAUUGGCUUCUGCAUUUUUGCCGCUGUUGCUCCUCCUGUCGUCUUCAAAGGAAAAUCUCUGGCAGGCAUCCUUCCAGCUGUAGAUUUCAUUGGCAAACACGUAAUAGUCGGGGUUUUCUACUUCAUCGGGUUUGGACUGUUCUGUCUUGAAUCCGUGCUCAGUGUCUGGGUUAUUCAGCAAGUAUACAUGUACUUCCGAGGCAGUGGCAAAGCUGCAGAGAUGAAGCGUGAGGCUGCACGGGGAGCCAUGAGAGCUGCAAUCUAA